UAAGAAGCCUGCCCGGCGUUCCUCUCCCGGCUGCUCCGCGCUCCGGGCUCAGCCCCGCACACACGCACUGGAACCAUGAUCGCCGCCGCGUUCCUGGUUUUGCUGCGACCCUACAGCAUCCAAUGUGCCCUCUUCUUGCUCCUGCUCCUGCUGGGGACCAUUGCUACGAUUUUAUUCUUCUGCUGCUGGCACCGCAAGCUCCAGAAAGGGAGGCAUCCUAUCAAAUCCGUCCUUUCAGGGCGCUCAAGGAGCCGAGAUGCUGUAAUGAGAACUCAUCACUGUCGCUCCGAGGGUUUUAGACCAAGUCCUCGUCAUGUUAGAAGACGUGUAGCACCUCGUCUUGAAGAAACACAGCCUCUAGCGGAAAUACAUCACUUGAGUGAACAAGAAACUUCCAUAAGGAAAAGAAAAAUCAAGAAAAACAGCAGAGUUCAGCCAGAAUUUUACCAUUCUGUUCAAGUCACACCAACUCGAAAACCUAGCUCUGGAAACGCCUCCUACCGAUGCUCCAUGUCUUCCUCUGCGGAUUUCUCCGAUGAAGAUGAUUUCAGCCAGAAAUCUGGCUCCGUGUCCCCAGCACCGGGGGACACACUGCCCUGGAACCUGCCGAAACAUGAGAGAUCCAAGCGGAAAAUUCAAGGCGGCUCCGUGCUGGACCCAGCCGAGAGAGCAGUGCUUAGGAUAGCCGAUGAACGGGACAAAGUACAAAAGAAAACCUUCACAAAAUGGUUAAAUCAACACCUCAUGAAGGUUCGCAAGCGUGUGAAUGAUCUGUAUGAAGACCUGAGGGAUGGACAUAACUUGAUCUCCCUUUUAGAAGUCCUUUCUGGGGAUACCCUGCCAAGGGAAGAAGGUCGGAUGCGUUUUCACACUCAGAAUGUACAAAUUGCACUUGACUUGAAAAAACGCCAGGUGAAACUGGUAAAUAUUAGAAAUGAUGACAUAACAGAUGGAAAUCCCAAGUUGACUUUGGGGUUAAUAUGGACCAUAAUUUUGCACUUUCAGAUCUCUGACAUCCAUGUUACUGGACAGUCAGAGGAUAUGUCUGCUAAAGAGAGGCUACUCCUGUGGACACAGCAGACAACUGAGGGUUAUGCUGGAAUUCGUUGUGAAAAUUUCACUACCUGCUGGCGAGAUGGAAAAUUAUUUAAUGCCAUCAUUCAUAAAUACAGGCCAGACCUGAUAGACAUGAAUACCGUUGCUGUUCAAAGCAACCUUGCAAAUUUAGAACAUGCUUUUUAUGUAGCAGAAAAACUAGGUGUCACCAGACUUCUGGAUCCGGAAGAUGUUAAUGUCUCCUCCCCUGAUGAGAAGUCAGUAAUAACUUAUGUGUCAUCACUUUAUGAUGCAUUUCCCAAAGUACUGGAAGAUGGCGAAGGCAUCAGUGCAAAUGAUGUUGAAGUCAAGUGGGUUGAAUACCAGAAUAUGGUGAACUACCUCAUCCAGUGGAUCAGGCACCAUAUCACAAUAAUGUCUGACAGAACAUUUCCAAACAAUCCUGUAGAACUGAAGGCACUUUAUAACCAAUACUUACAGUUUAAGGAAACAGAAAUUCCACCAAAGGAGAUAGAUAAAUCAAAAAUUAAAUGUCUUUAUAAACUACUGGAGGUCUGGAUAGAAUUUGGGCGCGUCAAACUCCCUCAAGGCUACCAUCCAAAUGAUAUAGAAAAAGAGUGGGGAAAACUUAUUAUUGCCAUGCUGGAAAGGGAGAAAACUCUUCGACCUGAAGUAGAGCGGUUGGAGAUGUUGCAGCAAAUUGCAAACAGAGUUCAGCAGGAUAUCCUGGGCUGUGAAGACAAACUGAUACUUGCUCGGAAUGCUCUGCAGUCUGAUUCCAAGCGAUUAGAAUCAGGGCUACAGUUCCAGAAUGAAGCAGAGAUAGCUGGAUAUAUACUUGAAUGUGAGAAUCUUCUGCGCCAACAUGUAAUUGAUGCCCAAAUUCUUAUUGAUGGAAAAUAUUACCAGGCAGAUCAACUGGUACAGAGGGUUGCUAAACUUCGAGAUGAUCUUCUGGCCUUAAGGACUGAAUGUUCUUCAAUAUUCAGCAAGGGGCACACACUGACAACAGAACAGACAAAGUUGAUGAUUUCGGGAAUAACACAAAGCUUAAACUCAGGAUUUGCACCAAACUUAAACCCUGAUUUAAACUCUGGAAUGACCCAGAGUUUAACACCUACUUUGACUUCUUCCAGUCUGACAUCAGGCCUCUCAUCAGGUCUUACUCCAAGACUGACUCCGGCAAUCACACCAGCUUAUACACCAGGCUUUCCACCACGGGUAAUUCAAACCUAUGUAACAGGAGUUGACACCAAUGCACUGCAAACGCUAAAGCUGAUGCAAAUCCGAAAGCCUCUCAUGAAAUCAGCUUUUGUUGAUCAAAAUUUAACAGAAGAAGAAGUCAACAUGAAAUUUGUCCAGGACCUCUUGAACUGGGUAGAUGAAAUGCAGGUGCAACUUGAUCGAACAGAAUGGGGCUCAGAUCUGCCAAGCGUUGAAAGCCAUUUAGAAAAUCAUAAAAAUGUCCAUAGAGCUAUAGAAGAUUUUGAAUCAAGCCUUAAAGAAGCUAAAAUCAGUGAGAUCCAAAUGACUGCCCCUCUUAAACUCAGUUAUGCAGAAAAAUUGCACAAACUGGAGAGUCAGUAUGCAAAACUCUUGAAUACAUCAAGAAAUCAAGAAAGGCACCUUGAUACCCUGCACAAUUUUGUGUCCCGUGCCACUGGAGAACUUAUAUGGCUGAAUGAAAAAGAAGAAGAGGAGGUUGCGUAUGACUGGAGUGAAAGAAACUCCAAUAUAUCAAGAAAAAAGGAGUACCAUGCAGAUUUAAUGAGAGAACUUGAUCAAAAAGAAGAAGUUAUUAAAUCAGUUCAGGAAAUAGCGGAGCAGCUACUUUUGGAAAAUCACCCUGCAAGGCUAACUAUUGAGGCCUAUAGAGCUGCAAUGCAGACACAGUGGAGCUGGAUUUUACAGCUCUGUCACUGUGUUGAACAACACUUGAGAGAAAAUGCUGCUUAUUUUGAGUUUUUCAAUGAUGCCAAAGAAGCCAUGGACUAUUUAAAGAAUUUAAAAGAUGCCAUACAGCGAAAGUACAGUUGUGAUAGGUCCAGCAGCCUUCAUAAACUGGAAGAUCUUGUUCAGGAAUCCAUGGAGGAAAAAGAACAACUCUUGCAGUACAAGGGCACAGUAGCUGGCCUUGUGGGGAAGGCAAAGGCAAUAAUUCAGCUGAAGCCAAGGAAUCCUGAUAGUCCACUCAAAACAUCCAUCCCAAUUAAAGCCAUCUGUGACUACAGACAAAUUGAGAUAACCAUUUACAAAGAUGAUGAAUGUGUAUUAGCGAGCAACUCCCAUCGUGCCAAAUGGAAAGUCAUUAGUCCAAGUGGUAACGAGGCCAUGGUUCCAUCUGUGUGCUUUACAGUUCCUCCACCAAACAAAGAAGCAAUAGACACUGCAAACAGAAUUGAACAACAUUUUCAGAAUGUACUGGCCCUUUGGCAUGAAUCACAUAUAAACAUGAAGAGCGUGGUUUCCUGGCACUACUUGACAAAUGAAAUUGAAACUGUUCGAGCUGGUAAUGUUGCUUCGAUAAAGACAAUGUUGCCAGGGGAACAUCAGCAGGUUUUAAGCAAUUUACAGUCCCGCUUUGAUGACUUUCUGGAAGACAGCCAGGACUCCAAAGUCUUUUCAGGCUCAGAUAUAGCACAUCUGGAAAGGGAGGUUAAUGUCUGCAAGCAGUACUAUCAGGAGCUUCUUAAAUCUGCAGAAAAAGAGGAGCAGGAGGAAUCCAUUUACAAUCUGUAUAUCUCAGAAGUCAGAAACAUCAGACUUCGCUUAGAGAACUGUGAGGACCGUUUGAUCCGACAGAUUCGGACUCCACUGGAGAGGGAUGACCUACAUGAAAGUGUGUUUAGGAUCUCAGAACAAGAGAAGCUAAAGAAAGAGCUGGAUCGGCUCAAGGAUGAUUUGGGAAUGAUUACAGAUAAAUGCGAAGAGUUUUUCAGUCAAGCUGCUGGUUCACCUUCUGUCCCCACCCUCCGUUCUGAGCUCAGUGUCAUCAUUCAGAAUAUGAAUCAAGUUUACUCCAUGUCUUCCAUUUACAUAGAAAAGUUAAAAACUGUUAAUUUGGUGCUGAAAAACACUCAAGGAGCAGAAGCGCUAGUAAAGCUUUAUGAGACUAAAUUGUGUGAAGAAGAAGCAGUCACUGCUGACAAGAAUAAUAUUGAGAACCUUAUUGGUACAUUAAAGCAAUGGAGAUCUGAAGUGGAUGAGAAAAGAGAGGUAUUCCAUGCCUUAGAAGAUGAACUGAAGAAAGCCAAGGCGAUCAGCGAUCAAAUGUUCAAAACGCAUAAGGAACGAGAUCUUGACUUCGACUGGCAUAAAGAGAAAGCUGAUCAGCUGUCUGAGAGAUGGCAAAAUGUUCAUUCUCAGAUUGAAAACCGGUUGCGUGACUUAGAGGGUAUCAGUAAAUCUCUGAAAUACUACAAAGAUACUUACCAUACACUGGAUACCUGGAUUCAGAAAGUGGAAGAUACUCAGCGAAAGAUUCAAGAAAACCAACCAGAAAACAGCAAAGCUUUGGCUAAACAGCUGAACCAGGAAAAGAUGCUGGUUUCUGAAAUUGAAAUGAAACAAAAUAAAAUAGAUGAAUGCCAGAAAUAUUCAGAGCAAUACUCAGCUUCAGUAAAGGAUUAUGAACUGCAGACAAUGACAUACAGGGCUAUGGUUGACUCACAACAAAAAUCCCCAGUGAAACGCCGGAGAAUGCAGAGCUCAUCUGACUUCAUUGUACAAGAGUUCAUGGAUUUACGAACACGCUAUACUGCCUUGGUGACCCUGAUGACCCAGUAUAUUAAAUUUGCUGGUGACUCUUUGAAAAGACUAGAAGAAGAGGAGAAGUCAAUGGAAGAGGAAAAGAAAGAGCAUGUUGAGAAAGCUGGGGAUUUACUGAAAUGGGUGUCAGACAUCAGCAAGACCCUCAGCAAGGGAGAAGGAGAAAAAGCUGAAAAGGCAGACUUGCCUAAGCAGCAGAUUUCUGCUGAUGAAAUAGUAACCAAGAGAGAACAAAUAUCUGAGGCUUUGCAGACUACACAGUCAUUUUUGGCUAAACACAGUGACAAAAUGACGGUUGGAGAGAGAAAUGAAAUGGAAAAACAAGUGAAGUCCCUUCAAGAAGGUUAUAAUCUCUUAUCUAAUGAAGCUUUGAAACAACUGCAGAGGGCACAAAAUGUAGGUGAUGAAAAGAUGGAGGAAAAGGAUGUGGCUGAGCAGCAGCAGGAAUGCAAGGAGAAACUACAGGAAAUAUGUGAUCUCUUUACACAAACAGAAAAUCGACUCAUUGGUCACCAAGAAGCUCUUGUUAUCGGAGACAGCAAGUCUGAGUUAAAGCAAUACCAAACCAAACAAGAGGAGUUACAGAAACAUAUGCUGGCAAGUGCACAGGCACUGGCAGAGAUUGUGAAAAACACUGAGAUGUUCUUGAAAGAGAAUGGAGGAAAGCUGUCACAAGAAGACAAGACUAUUCUUGAACAGAAACUUAACGAAGCUAAGACAAAAUGUUUGCUGCUUAGCCAGAAGGCAGAGGAGUCCAAAAAAGUGCUGGAUAAAGCUGUGACUACAGCUAUUAAGCAGGAAACAGAAAAGGUUGCUGCCAUAGAACAACUGGAAGAGAGUAAAAAUACCAUUGAAAAUCUCUUGGAUUGGCUGUCAAAUGUGGAUAAGGCAGCAGAGCAAGGGGAUGAGAAAUGGACGCUGGCAAUAGAACAGAAUGGAACCCAUUUUAAAGAAGGGGAUGUAAAGGCUUUGGAGGGAGAAGAGGAUGAAGUCAAUGGUAACCUGUUGGAACUUCAGCAACAGACUGAAACCCAUGUAGAUGGCAGAGUAAAACCCACAGACAGUAACCUGAACCAGCAGUAUCAGAAAGUCAAGGCUCAACAUGAGAAAAUUAUUUCUCAGCAACAGGCUGUUAUAAUAGCAACUCAGUCUGCCCAAGCGCUACUUGAGAAACAAGGCCACUACCUUUCCCCUGAAGAAAAAGAGAAGAUGCAAAGAAACAUGAAGGAACUGAAAGUCCAGUAUGAAACUGCUUUAGCUGAAUUGGAAUGGAAAAUGAAGUUAACGCACUCUCUGCAGGAAGAACUUGAGAAAUUCGAUACAGACUACAGUGAGUUUGAAAGCUGGCUGCAGCAAUCAGAACAAGAACUUGAAAACCUGGAGGCUGGUGCUGCUGACUUCACUGGUAUCAUGACCAAGCUCAAAAGGCAAAAGAGUUUUUCAGAAGAUGUUAUUUCUCACAAAGGUGACUUACGGUACAUUACAAUUUCUGGACAGAGGGUGUUAGAUGCUGCUAAAUCUUGGAGUAAAAAAGAUGGUGUCAAGGUUGACAAAGAUGGUAUUGAUACUUCAGCUACUUACACAGAGGUGCAAAGUAAACUGGAUGAUGCUUCAGAUCGUUUCAAAUCUCUUUAUACUAAGUGUGGUAUCCUUGGAAAUAACCUCAAAGACCUGGUAGAUAAAUACCAGCAUUAUGAAGAAGCCUCAUCUGGGCUUUUGUCAGGUCUCCAGACAUCUGAAGUCGCUGUGAACAAACAGCUGUCUGAGCCAAUUGCAGUGGAUCCUAAGAACCUCCAAAGGCAACUAGAAGAAACCAAGGUUCUGCAGGGGCAGGUGUCUAAUCACCAGGUUGCUGUAGAGAAACUGAAAAAAGCGGCUGAAGUGCUUUUGGAUACCAGGGGAACUUUACUACCAGACAAAGAUGAAAUCCAGAAAACACUGGAUGACAUUGUUGGCAGAUAUGACAGUUUAUCCAAGUCAGUGAACGAACGGAAUGAGAAGCUCCAGAUAACGUUGACUCGUUCCCUCAGCGUGCAAGAUGGUUUGGAUGAAAUGCUUGACUGGAUGGGAGGUGUUGAAAAGAGCCUUGAAGAACAGGGUCAAAUGCCUUUGAAUUCUGCUGCUAUUCAGGAUAUCAUUAGUAAAAAUAUUAUGCUGGAGCAAGAUAUUGCAGGUCGCCAAAGCAGUAUAAAUACUAUGAAUGAAAAAGUGAACAAAUUCAUAGAAACAACAGAUCCAUCCACUGCCUCCUGUCUGCAAGCUAGAAUGAAUGAGCUCUCUGUACGGUUUGCUGAAGCAAGUACCAGACACAAAGGGAAACUUGCAAAGAUGGAGGAAUUAAAGACCAAAGUGGAGUUGUUUGAAAGCCUAUCAGAAAAACUUCAGUCAUUUUUAGACAAGAAAACUCAGGCUCUCAAUGAGACUGAUGCUCCAGGAAAGGAUGUUACUGAAGUGUCUCAAUAUAUGCAGGAAACUAGUACGGCAUUGAUAGAUCAUAAAAAAGAUCUUGAAGUUUUGCAUCAGCUUCUUGAAGAGCUUUCUGUCCAUGGUCUCCCUGGGGACAAAGCACUGGUUUUAGAAAAGUUAAAUGCCUUGACAAAGAAGUUCAAGGAAGUGGAAGAGACUGUGAAGGAAAAAGAAGAGAAUGUAUCAUCUUGUCAGGAACAAAUGGAUAUUUUCAAGCUCCAUGUAGAAUCUUUAAAGAAAUGGAUGAACGAGACAACAGAUAGGAUUCCAGCUGUGCAACCCUCUUUAAAUACAGAGGAUUUAAAGAAAUCAUUGGAAGAUAUUAGGAAAUUAGAAGAGGAAUGGACCUUAAAAGCACCUGAAAUUCAGAAAAUGAAGAGCAGAGGAACUUCAUUAUGUAACCUAAUCAGUGCUGUGACUUCCCCUGCCAAAUGCAGAGCAGCUUCAAAAGCAGAACUGACAGCUAUUCAACAGGCUAUGUCAGAUGUAAAUCACAGUUACGAAGAUUUGGGAGCUUUACUGAAGGAAAAGGUUUCAGAACUGGAAAGCAUGCUUUCAAAGAUGCAAAAUGUUCAAGAAGAAUCAAACUCAGUAAUGCAGUGGCUGCAAAAAAUGGAUAAGGCUGCCGCAAGCUGGGAAGCAGCUGCUAUUGAUAGUGAAGCUGUUAGAGCACAAGUAGAACAACAUAAGCUAUUUGAAACAGAACUGAAGCAAAGUGAAAAUAAAGUACAGGAGCUGAAGGACAAAGUGACAGAGCUGUUGGAGAAGAAUCCAAAUUCUCCUGAGGCAUCCAAAUGGAAACAGAUGUUGGAUAAAAUAGAUUCCAAAUGGAAAGAACUUAAUCAGGUUACAGCUGACAGACGACAAAAUCUCGAAGAGUCCUCAAAUUACCUGACCCAGUUCCAGACAACAGAAGCUCAGUUAAAACAGUGGCUUAUAGAGAAAGAGCUCAUGGUCAGUGUGCUUGGACCAUUGUCAAUUGACCCAAAUAUGCUGAAUACACAGAAGCAGCAGGUCCAGAUUCUGCUUAAGGAGUUUGAUACCAGAAAGCCUCAGUAUGAACAGUUAACCACAGCUGGUCAGGGGAUACUGAAGAGACCAGGUGAACAUCCUCCUUCUCAUGAAGUUGUGAAAAAGCAACUGGCAGCUGUGGCACAAAAAUGGGAUGGUCUAACCGGACAACUGAGUGACAGAUGUGGUCAAAUUGACCAAGCCAUUGUCAAAAGCAAAGAAUAUCAAAGCCUUCUGAGAAGCCUGUCUGAUAAGCUAUGUGCCUUGGAUAAUAAACUGCGCAGCACCCUGGCAGUGCGCACACACCCCGAUGCUAUGAAACAGCAGUUGGAAAUGGCUCGAGAAAUGAAACAGGAAAUAGAACAGGAAAUGAAAAAUAUAAAAGUGGCUCAGGCCCUUUGUGAGGAGCUGUCGGCACUGGUUGGAGAAGAGUACUUGAAAGCUGAACUUAUUAGGCAAUUGGAAGGCAUCGUAAAACCAUUUAUGGAUAUUGAGCAGAAAGCAGCUAAUCAUAUCCAGCAACUUCAAUCAGCAUAUGCUACUUCUCAUCAGUUCCAACAAAUGUCUAAGGACUUUCAGACCUGGCUGGACAAAAAGAAAGAAGAACUGAACCAGGCUCACCCUGUAUCGGCCAAGCUUGAGUCCUUGCUGUCGUUAAUUGAAGAGCAGAAAGAUUUUAAGCAGACCUUGUCUGACCAGAUUAGUUCCUAUGAAAAAAUUGUUGCAGAAGGUGAAAGCCUCCUACAGAAGACUCAAGGAGCUGACAGGACAGAGUUGCAGUCUCAGCUUGGCAUGCUCAAAAGUAACUGGGAUGAAAUGAAUAAGCAAAUAAGAGAAAGGCAAGAUAAGUUAAGUACUUGUCUGGAGAAAGCCCUCAAAUACAAAGAACAUGUAGAAAACCUGCAGCCCUGGAUAGAGAAGUGCCAAAAUAACCUGUCUGAAGUAAAGAUUGUCAUAGAUCCUGUUGAAAUAGAGAAUUCUAUUGCUCAGGUGAAGGCCUGGCAAAAGGACUUGGACAAACACCAUAGCAUGGUGGAAUUAUUAAAUAAUGCAGCUGACAGUUUGCUCGAUGCCAGUCAAACAGAUAAAGAAAGCAUUACAGAAGAGAAAGUGGCAUUGAACCAGAAAGUGGAUAUGGUCACCGAACAAUUACAUAGUAAGAGGGAGUCCUUGGAAAACAUGGCACAAAAGUUAAAAGAGUUUCAGGAAUCAUCCAGAGAAACCCAAAGGCAACUUAAAAGUGCCAAAGAGCAGCUAGAAGCUCAUGAUGCUCUUGGAGCCCAGGCUUGUAGUAACAAACACUUGACAAUGUUGCAGAGCCAGCAGAAAACACUUCAGACUUUAAAGCCUCAUGUGGACUUGGCCAAAAAACUUGCCCAAGAACUGGUGGUAGAAGCUUCCAAUUCAGAAGGUGUUUCUGACCUCUUGUUGCAAGCUGAGUCUUUAGAGCAAGAAUACAGUACAAUCAGCCAGCAGGUUGAAGGCAAGUGUUCAUUCUUAGAGACCAAACUUCAGGGAAUUGGCCAUUUCCAAAACAACAUCAGAGAGAUGUUUUCUCAGUUUGCAGAGUUUGAUGAUGAGCUCGAUAGCAUGGCUCCAGCAGGAAGAGAUCUAGACACUCUGCGGUCACAAAGAGAGGAUAUCAACAAUUUCCUCAAAAAGCUGGAAGAUCUUAUAACAAGUAAUGAAAAUGCCAAUAAAACCUGUAAAAUGAUGUUAGUCACUGAAGCGUCUCCUGAUCUUGUUGGUAUAAAAAGGGACUUAGAGGCUUUAAGUAAACAAUGCAAUAAGUUACUGGACAGAGCAAAAGCCAGAGAGGAACAGGUGGAAGGAAUUAUUAGUCGUAUUGAAGAGUUUUAUAGUAAGUUAAAAGAAUUUUCCAGUCUGCUUGGGGCAGCUGAAGAACAUGAAGAAUCUCAAGGUCCUGUUGGAAUGGAAACAGACAUUAUUAAUCAACAGCUGAAUGUAUUCAAGGUAUUCCAGAAAGAAGAGAUUGAACCACUGCAAGUUAAACAACAGGAGGUAAAUUGGUUAGGCCAAGGCCUUAUUCAAAGUGCUGCUAGAAAUGCUAGCACCGAGAACCUUGAGCAUGACCUUGAAGAUGUUAACACCCGAUGGAAGACUCUCAAUAAGAAGGUUGCUCAACGAGCUGCUCAGCUGCAAGAAGCUCUUCUCCACUGUGGAAGGUUCCAGGAUGCCCUUGAAUCUCUGCUUAGCUGGCUCAUUGAUACAGAAGAUCUAGUGGCCAAUCAGAAGCCCCCAUCUGCUGAGUUCAAGGUUGUGAAGGCCCAGAUACAGGAACAGAAACUUCUCCAAAGGUUACUGGAUGACCGCAGACCUACCGUUGAGGUAAGCAAGCGCGAAGGGGAGAAAAUUGCAGAGUCAGCAGAACCUGCUGAUAAAGUGAAGAUCUUGAAGCAGUUGAGUCUCCUGGAUAGUAGAUGGGAUGCAUUGCUCAGUAAAGCUGAAACAAGGAAUCGUCAGUUGGAAGGUAUCUUAGUGGUAGCACAGCAAUUCCAUGAAACUUUAGAACCUCUGGUUGAGUGGCUGACCACCACUGAGAAAAGACUUGCAAAUUCUGAACCCAUUGGAACACAAACUUCUAAACUGCAGCAGCAGAUUUCUCAGCAUAAAGCAUUAGAAGAUGACAUCCUUACUCGCAAUAAAAGUUUACAUAUGGCUAUUAGCAUUGGUCAGUCUCUUAAAACUAUGAGCUCCAGAGAGGAUAAAGAUAUGGUGCAGGAAAAACUAGAUUCUUCCCAAGCCCGAUAUAUCGAGAUUCAAGAGAAGAGUAACAGCUGGUCUGAGUUGCUCCAGCAAGCCUAUUGCAAUGCUCAGAUUUUCGGGGAAGAUGAAGUUGAAUUGAUGAACUGGCUGAAUGAAGUACAUGACAAACUGAGCAAAUUGUCAGUCCAAGAUUACAGGACAGGUUCACUCAUGAAACAACACGCUGACCUGCUGGUGCUUCAGGAAGAGGUUCUACUCAGAAAACAAAAUGUUGAUCAGGCUGUACAAAAUGGCUUAGAGCUUCUCAAGCAAACAACAGGUGAUGAAGUUGUAAUAAUUCAAGAUAAAUUGGAAGGCAUUAAAGCAAGGUACAAAGAUAUUACUAAAUUGAGUUCUGAUGUAUCCAAGACUUUAGAGCAAGCUCUGCAGCUUGCAGGUCAACUGCAGUCCACUCAUGAGGAACUCUGCAUAUGGCUUGACAAAGUGGAGGUGGAAUUGCUUUCAUAUGAUGCUCAGAUGCCCAAGGGAGAAGAAUUAAGCGCAGUACAAGAAAGACAAAAAGAGCUGAAAAAAGAAGCAAAGAACAACAAAGCCUUAUUGGACACCCUCAAUGAAGUCAGCAGUGCCUUGCUGGAACUGGUGCCGUGGAGGGCAAGAGAGGGGUUAGACAAAAUGGUGACUGAGGACAAUGAGCGGUACAGAUUAGUGAGCGACACGCUAACUCAGAAGGUGGAGGAGAUUGAUGCUGCCAUUCUGAAAACACAGAAGUUUGAUCAAACAGCUGAUGCAGAAUUAGCCUGGAUUACAGAAACAGAAAAAAAAUUGAUGUCUCUGGGUGAUAUUAGGCUUGAGCAAGACCAGACCGCUGCUCAGCUACAAGUUCAAAAGGCAUUUACCAUGGAGAUUUUGAGGCACAAGGAUGCUAUAGAUGAACUGGUUGAAACUGGGGAUGAGAUUAUGAACACAUGCACUGACGAGGAGAAACAGUCCAUGAAGAGAAAACUGGAAAGCCUCUUACAGAAAUAUGAUACGGUCUGUCAAGUGAACGCUGAGAGGAACCUCCAACUGGAACGUGCUCAAUCCCUGGUUAACCAGUUCUGGGAGACUUACGAAGAGCUUUGGCCAUGGUUAACCGAAAUAGAAAUGGUCAUCUCGCAGCUUCCUGCUCCAGCUCUUGAAUAUGAAACUUUAAAGCAACAGCAAGAAGAGCAUCGGCAACUGCGUGAGCUGAUUGCUGAACACAAGCCUCAUAUAGAUAAGAUGAACAAAACUGGCCCUCAGUUGUUGGAGUUGAGCCCAGGAGAAGGUUUUUGUAUCCAAGAGAAAUAUGUGGCGGCUGACACCCUUUACAGUCAAAUUAAAGAAGAUGUCAAAAAGCGAGCACUAGCACUGGAUGAAGCCAUUUCUCAGUCUACUCAGUUUCAUGACAAGAUAGAUCCAACCCUCGAGAGUCUGGAACGCAUAGUUGAACGUCUGAGGCAGCCACCUUCAAUCUCAGCUGAGGUGGAGAAGAUUAAAGAGCAGAUCAGUGAAAAUAAGAAUGUGUCAGUAGAUCUGGAAAAACUUCAGCCUGUGUAUGAGACACUCAAACAGCGUGGGGAGGAAAUGAUAGCUCGCUCAGAGGGCGCUGAUAAGGAUAUAUCCGCUAAAGCUGUUCAGGAUAAAAUUAAACAAAUGAUCUUCAUCUGGGAAGACAUCCAGGCCUUGACCGAGGAAAGGGAGGCCAAAUUGCUGGAUGUGAUGGAGCUGGCUGAAAAGUUCUGGUGUGAUCACAUGGCUCUUGUAGCCACUGUUAAAGAUACUCAGGAUUUCAUCCGAGAACUGGAGGGACCCGGAGUUGACCCCUCUGUAGUCAAACAACAGCAAGAGGCUGCAGAGGCUAUUCGAGAAGAAGUUGAUGGACUGCAGGAAGAACUCGAUAUGGUGGUAAACUUAGGUUCUGAACUUAUAGCUGCUUGUGGAGAACCUGACAAGCCUAUUGUCAAUAAGAGCAUAGAUGAGCUGAAUUCAGCUUGGGAUACUCUAAACAAAGCGUGGAAAGAACGGAUAGACAAACUUGAUGAAGCCAUGCAAGCUGCUGUUCAGUACCAAGAUGGACUGCAGGCAAUAUUUGACUGGGUAGAUAUUGCUGGCAGUAAAUUAGCUUCAAUGUCACCAGUUGGAACAGAUCUAGAAACAGUGAAGCAGCAAACUGCGGAACUGAAGCAAUUUAAAACGGAGGCUUAUCAGCAGCAAAUAGAAAUGGAAAGGCUGAAUCAUCAAGCGGAACUGUUGUUGAAGAAGGUUACAGAAGAAAGUGACAAGCACGCAGUUCAAGAACCCCUUUCAGAGCUCAAACUGAUGUGGGUCAAUCUAGAGGAGAAAAUUAUUAACAGACAGCACAAGCUGGAAGGUGCUUUGUUAGCUUUGGGGCAAUUCCAACAUGCCCUGGAUGAAUUACUGACAUGGCUGACGCACACAGAAGACCUGCUGAAUGAACAGAAACCUGUGGGUGGGGACCCCAAGGCUAUUGAAAUUGAACUUGCCAAACAUCAUGUGCUACAAAAUGAUGUGUUAGCUCAUCAGUCCACUGUGGAAACAGUUAAGAAAGCAGGAAAUGACUUGAUUGAAUCAAGUGCUGUUGAAGAAGCAAGCAAUCUACAGAACAAGUUGGAACUUCUGAAUCAGCGCUGGCAAAAUGUGUUGAAAAAAACAGAACAAAGGAAACAGCAGCUGGACAGUGCCUUGAUCCAGGCUCAAGGUUUCCAUGGUGAAGUUGAAGAUAUGCAGCAAUGGCUGACAGACACUGAACGUCAGCUUUUGGCGUCGAAACCUGUUGGAGGUUUACCAGAAACUGCAAGAGAGCAGCUUAAUACCCACAUGGAACUCUGUGCUGCCUUUGAAGCCAAAGAAGAGACGUACAAAUGUCUGAUGCAGAAAGGCCAGCAGAUGCUUGCAAGAUGCCCAGGGUCUGCUGAGACAAAUGUUGAGCAAGAUAUAAAUAACUUAAAAGUAAAAUGGGACUCAGUGCAAACAAAACUCAGCGAAAGAAAGGCCAAACUGGAAGAAGCCCUGAAUUUGGCUAUGGAGUUCCACAACUCACUUCAAGACUUCAUCAACUGGCUUACCCAGGCAGAGCAGACUUUGAAUGUGGCUUCUCGGCCAAGUCUCAUCUUGGACACUGUCUUGUUUCAAAUUGAUGAACACAAGGUCUUUGCUACGGAAGUGAAUUCUCACCGAGACCAGAUCAUAGAGCUGGAUAAAACUGGAACUCAUCUGAAAUAUUUCAGCCAGAAACAGGAUGUUGUCCUUAUUAAGAAUCUGCUGAUUAGUGUACAGAGUAGAUGGGAAAAAGUGGUUCAACGCUUAGUGGAAAGAGGAAGAGCUUUGGAUGAUGCAAGGAAACGAACGAAACAGUUCCAUGAAGCCUGGAACAAACUUAUGGCAUGGUUGGAAGAGUCAGAAAAGUCAUUGGAUUCAGAGCUCGAAAUUGCAAAUGAUCCAGACAAAAUAAAGCUGCAGCUUACACAGCAUAAGGAGUUCCAGAAAUCUCUUGGAGCCAAGCAUUCUGUGUAUGACACCACAAACAGGACUGGACGCUCCCUCAAAGAGAAAACCUCUCUGGCAGAUGACAAUUUGAAACUGGACGAUAUGCUGAGCGAGCUCAGAGACAAAUGGGAUACGAUCUGUGGAAAAUCAGUGGAAAGACAAAACAAACUGGAGGAAGCCCUGUUAUUUUCAGGACAAUUUACUGAUGCUCUGCAGGCUCUCAUCGACUGGCUGUAUAAAAUUGAACCUCAGUUGGCAGAAGAUCAGCCAGUGCAUGGAGACAUCGAUUUGGUGAUGAACCUGAUUGAUAAUCACAAAGUCUUCCAGAAGGAGCUGGGGAAGAGGACAAGCAGUGUCCAGGCUCUGAAACGCUCUGCUCGAGAACUCAUAGAAGGCAGUCAUGAUGACUCCUCCUGGGUAAAGGUCCAAAUGCAGGAGCUAAGCACUCGCUGGGAGACAGUCUGCGCCCUGUCCGUAUCCAAGCAAACACGAUUGGAACAGGCCCUCCACCAGGCAGAGGAAUUUCACGCUGUUGUGCAUGUUCUUUUGGAGUGGCUGGCUGAGGCAGAGCAGGCCCUUCGUUUCCAUGGAAUCCUCCCAGAUGAUGAAGAGGCUCUGCGAACACUAAUCGAUCAGCACAGGGAAUUCAUGAGGAAGCUGGAGGACAAAAAGACAGAACUAAAUAAAGCAGCAGGUAUGGGAGAAGCCAUCCUGGCUAUCUGCCACCCAGACUCCAUCACUACCAUUAAGCACUGGAUAACAAUCAUCAGAGCCAGAUUUGAAGAGGUAUUAGCAUGGGCAAAGCAACAUCAGCAGAGACUGGCAGGAGCCCUGGCUGGACUUAUUGCUAAGCAGGAGUUGUUGGAAGCCUUAUUGUCCUGGUUGCAGUGGGCAGAGACUACUCUUAGUGAAAAAGAUAAAGAGGUCAUCCCCCAGGAGAUCGAGGAUGUUAAAGCACUCAUAGCCGAACAUCAGACGUUUAUGGAGGAAAUGACCAGAAAACAGCCUGAUGUGGAUAAAGUCACAAAGAUCUACAAAAGGAAGGCAGUUGAACCCACUCUAAUACAGUCUCAUAUUCCUGUGCUAGAUAAAGGGAGAACAGGAAGAAAACGUUCCCCAACAGCAGGCAUGUAUCCAUCAGGAACACAGGCACAAAUUGAAACCAAGAAUCCAAGGAUAAACCUAUUAGUCAGCAAAUGGCAGCAAGUCUGGCUUCUAGCCUUGGAAAGAAGAAGAAAAUUGAAUGAUGCUUUGGAUAGACUAGAAGAGCUAAGGGAAUUUGCCAACUUUGAUUUUGAUAUUUGGAGGAAGAAGUAUAUGCGAUGGAUGAAUCAUAAGAAAUCUCGAGUAAUGGACUUUUUUAGGAGGAUUGAUAAAGAUCAGGAUGGAAAGAUAACGAGGCAGGAAUUUAUUGAUGGAAUUCUUUCUUCAAAAUUCCCUACCAGCCGACUUGAAAUGAGUGCAGUGGCAGAUAUCUUUGAUAGAGAUGGUGAUGGGUACAUUGACUACUAUGAAUUUGUAGCAGCACUUCAUCCAAACAAGGAUGCAUACAAGCCUCUUACAGAUGCUGACAAAAUUGAAGAUGAGGUUACAAGGCAGGUAGCUAAAUGUAAAUGUGCAAAACGAUUCCAGGUGGAGCAGAUUGGGGAUAACAAGUACAGGUUCUUCCUGGGAAAUCAGUUUGGUGACUCUCAGCAGCUGCGUCUGGUUCGCAUCUUGCGAAGUACAGUAAUGGUUCGUGUUGGAGGUGGCUGGAUGGCACUGGAUGAAUUCUUAGUAAAAAAUGAUCCUUGCAGGGCUAAAGGGAGGACAAACAUGGAGCUGCGUGAAAAGUUCAUUUUGGCAGAUGCUGCAAGUCAGAAUGUUGCUGCUUUCCGUCCAAGAGGUCGUAGAUCACGACCUUCUUCAAGGGGCGCUUCUCCCAACAGAUCUGCUUCUAUAUCAAGUCAGGCUGGCCAGGGAGCUUCACCACAAGCAGUUGCUACAAGUACACCCAAGACACCCCAUCAUUUAACACGCAAUUAUGGUAAACCAUGGUUGACAAACCGCAAAACAUCAACUCCUUCUAAACCAUCAGAGUCCUCAGAAUAUCAAGGGUCAUCUUCAGAGGGAACACCAAUACAAGGGAGCAAACUUAGACUGCCAGGAUAUCUGUCAGGGAAAGGUUUCCACUCUGGAGAAGACAACAGCCUAAUAUCAACAGCAGCUACCAGAGUUAGAGCACAGUUUGCAGACACCAGAAGGACUCCAAGUAGACCUGGAAGCCGAGCAGGAAGCAAGGCUGGCAGUAGAUCAAGUAGCCGUCGAGGCAGUGAUGCAUCUGACUUUGACAUUUCAGAAAUCCAGUCUGUGUGUUCAGAUAUGUCAGAGACUGUUCACAAUGCAAGCAGACCACAGCCCCGAGCAGGUUCUCGGCCAGCAUCAGGCAAGCCUUCCAAAAUUCCAACUCCCCAAAGGAGGCCACCAGUCAGCAAAUUGGACAAGUCCUCCAAGAGAUAAUGUGAUCAGCUCCAUAAAGGUCUUUGCCUUGUGCAUUAAAUAUUUAAGUUUGUAAGAUGUAAAAUAUUAUGUAGAAAUUAUUGUGAAAUAUUGCAAGAGGUGGAUUUUUAAUUCUGCAGAUGGCCUUAUUUGUGUAUUUGUCUUUUUAUUUUGUGUGUAUAAUUUUUGUCAGAUUUUGUUUAUGCCAUAUCCUAUGUGAAAGGGAAAAGAGUUUUAAUGUAAACUAACAAUUGUACACAGUAAUGUGUAGAAAGUACACUAAAACAAUUCCCAAAUGUGCAGUGUACUGAAUGUACAGUUAAGUCUCUGCAACCUCAGACAAAUAGGUCUAUCACUCCAUCAUUAGUUAACAGGAAAGGAUACCUCAUGAUUUUUCUUUAAAAAAUAAAAAUAAAAAGCCAAAAGACACAAUUACACAUUUUGAGCUAACUAAACGAACACUAAAGGAUGUAUGUCAAACUUACUAAGGAAUAAAAAACACAUUCACACUACAAUUAUUUAUGCAGCAUCUCCUGGAGAACUCACAGAAAGUUACUUACGCACUUGCCAGUCAUACAAUACUCCAAUAUCUUGCAGCAUUUCUGUGCCAUUGCUUUAAAUGAGGCCAGACACACUCUGGGUAUUAGAACUACUAUACUGUAAGAAUUCAAUAUAAAGUGCAUUCAUGUAAAUGUGAGGUUUUCUUUUGCUUGAGUGGAUGAUAGCACUGUAUCAUUGAACUCAUUUUGUAUCAAAGCAAUUUUGCUUGCAGAAAGCUAUGAAAUAAAACAUGUCCCUUAAC